UCUCCUGCAGCAACAGUGUGAAGAGAAACAGCAGCUCUUUGAGUCCCUCCAGUCAGAGCUACAAAUCUAUGAGGCACUUUAUGGCAAUUCCAAGAAGGGGCUGAAAGAGAAGGUGAACUGGAACUUGAAGAAAUACAGGUGGCUCACCAGGCUGGGAGAAUAGCUUAAGUACACAGUCAUGCUUACAGCCUGGAUGCCUGUCACCAAAUCCCUCUGAACAGUGACCUGAGCCACCUGGUGGCAGAGGUACGAGCUCUUGAGAGGGCAGCUGGAGCAGAGCAUUCAGGGGAACAAUUGUCUGCGACUGCAGCUGCAACAGCAGCUGGAUAGCGGUGCUGGCAAAGCCAGCCUCAGCCCCUCCUCUGUUAACCAGAAAUUCCCAGCCAGUGCUGACCCUGGAAACAAGCAGCUGCUCCUCCAAGAUUCAGCUGUGUCCCCUCCAGUCCGGGAUGUUGGUAUGAAUUCCCCAGCUCUGGUCCUCCCCAGCUCUGCUUCCUCUACUCCUGGCUCAGAAAUGGCCAUAAUCAACAGAACAAAUGGAUUGGGUUUGGAUACUUCUCCAGUAAUGAAGACCCCUCCCAAGCUGGAGGGGGAUGCUACUGAUGGCUCCUUUGCCAAUAAGCAUGGCCGCCAUGUCAUUGGCCACACUGAUGACUACAGUGCCCUAAGACAGCAGAUUGCGGAGGGCAAGCUGCUGGUCAAAAAGAUAGUGUCUCUUGUGAGAUCAGCAUGCAGCUUCCCUGGCCUUGAAGCCCAAGGCACAGAGGUGCUAGGCAGCAAAGGCAUUCAUGAGCUUCAGAGCAGCACCAGUGCCCUGCACCAUGCCCUAGAGGAGUCGGCUUCCCUCCUCAGCAUGUUCUGGAGAGGGGCCCUGCCAAGCACCCACAUCCCUGUGCUGCCUGGCAAAGUGGGAGAAUCAACAGAAAGGGAACUUCUGGAACUGAGAACCAAAGUAUCCAAACAGGAGCGGCUCCUUCAGAGCACAGCUGAGCAUCUGAAGAAUGCCAACCAGCAGGAGAGCAUGGAGCAGUUCAUCAUCAGCCAGAUAACCAGAACACACGAUGUUUUAAAGAAGGCAAGGACUAACUUAGAGGUGAAAUCCCUAAGGGCUCUGCCGUGUACUCCAGCCUUGUGAGCCUUGCCUUCCAGGAACCACGCAAGAAGCACAGCCACCAGAAGUCCUUAAAACAGCAGGAAAGGUGGGCCUGUCCCCCUUUCGUGCAGCUACCUAUCUGCUGAGGAGCAUGUGGGCCUCAUUCCUCCAAGUCCACUGGAGGGUCCAGAAGAGGGAGUCAGAGAUGUAUCCUGGUGGAGCUGGGAGAAAGGCAGAAAGCCUUUCUGACAGCUAUGGAAUACCAUUAGCCAAGGUCCACUUGGCCCAGCACUAAGCAAAAGAUGCGUAGUUUGCAUAGAAGGUUUUGUGAUACUGCCUCUCAACAGCCCCAGCAGCUUGGGAACUAGCAACAGCACAUUUCUUGCCUCAUCAGCUGUCCUGAGAUGGAAAACUCAGUGGAUAUAGGACCCUGAUUCCAAUGAAUGGGACAUGUGGUCCCAAUGCUGGAGCUCCUCUGGCAGGUUCUAAAAGCACACUACUGAGCAGUGGUGCCCUGCCGGACACUGCUGGCGGGGGCUCAGUGAGCACUACUCACAGAUCCACACCUGACCCUAUUGGGUCGAGUCAGGCUGGGCUUUGGUCUGCACUGUAGCACCUGUGUUCUUUGAAUUCACAUCAUGAAUGUGGCGACUUCCCAGAUACCAUCUCAGGCUUAACCUAGCACAUCCAGUUUCUUUUCUUCUAUGAUAUCCAAAUUGGACUGACCUCACUUCAAAGAUGCUAUCCCAUUUUGUCAUCCUAUCUUACCUCCGGGAAAUUGGGGACUGAUGGCCAGACAAACUCUGUUGAAAUUCUUGCAAAGAGCAAACCUGUGCUUAUUUUUAAGUGGAAUGGGAGAGGCCCCCAGCCUAGGAAAGCCUAGUCUGUGUCUUCACAGUGCUGACAGAAUGUGUUCAUGUGUAUAAAUGUAUGAUAUAGAUUUAUAUAUGUUGCUAUCACCAUAUAUUGAAGGCCAACAUAACUGGUGGACAGGGUGGGUGACAAAAUGAAAGUUUUUUUGGUGAUUAUUAAAGAAAAUGUGUAUAAAGAAA